CAAUCACUUCAUCAAUGGCGGACAAACAGAAGAAAUCUGAGGAGAGGCGUAAGAGGGUUCGUUAUGAGAACAGAAAAGCAAGCAUCUUGAAACAAGGCAGAGAGUUGUCCGCACUCUGCGGCAUGAAGCUCUGCCUCAUGAUCGUCUCCCCAGACGGAAAGGUGGAAACCUGGCCUAAGAAUCCGGAUGACGUCAAGGCCAUUCUCACCGCCGCCAAUGCAGCGCCCAGAAAGAAGGUCGUCGCUGCCCUCUCCGAACCCAAUUCAUCUUAUCAGCCGGCUAUUAAAGACUGCCGCCAAAGAAAGCGGAACCGAGAUCCCCUGCCGCAGAUGAUGGGUAUUCCGGACAAGAAGACAAAGACGACGAUGAAUACUAAUGAUUCCAUUAGUUACAACGUUAGUGAUUACGUUAACGGGUUUGGAUCGAUACCCAUGUUGGAUAAUACUUGGAAUCAAGGAGAUGGCUGGUUUACUGCUGGUCUUGGUGGCUAUGGUCAUUCUUUUGAGAAGAAUCUGUGUCAUGAAAAUCCUGCUGUUUGUGGAGGAUCUUAUGAGUUCCCACAAUAUGGGAAGAGUAAAGGAAGUGAUUAUGAUCUGCAGAUUCAAGAUCCUUCUUUCUUCUGUUUGGAUCCUUCGAUUAAUGAGCAGCCGCUGCCGCAGGGUGGGUCUGAUGCAUUGGAAAACCUUCUGCUUGGCGAUUUUUAUUAGUUAUUCUUUAAGAUUCAAUUAGACUAAUUAACUGCAAACCAAUUCAUUUAUGUUAACACCAGAUGACGUAAAUAUUGAUUGAGAAUUCGGUUUAUGUAAAUUUGAUCGAUUGCAUUAUCAGUUUGAUUAUUAUGAAUUCUUUAGAUUGAUUCAAUU